GUAUAUUUACGUCACUCUUCCUUUCUAUCCCUGUUCAUUCCUGAACUGUGAUAAUGAAUUGGUUUCGAACUUUGGACUGUUCCAAAUAAAUAAAAGCCAAGGAACAGGAAGUAACUUAAUAUAAAAAAAAAAAAAAAAUAAAAGCCAAUUUAUAUAAAGAAAAAACGAAAGAAAUAUUUACUGUCUUUUUUUAGUAACAUUGUUUAAAGACUAUUAUUGUAUAAAACAUGGCGACGGUAGAGAAGUUAUCCACUGAAAGAAAGGCAAACCCCGCCAAGUCUUUUAUAACUGGUGGCUUUGGCGGAAUUUGUAAUGUUUUGUCGGGCCAUCCCUUAGACACAAUCAAGGUACGUUUGCAGACUAUGCCACGACCGGCUCCUGGAGAACAGCCCAUGUACAAAGGUACCUUCGACUGUGCUGCAAAGACUAUUAAAAAUGAAGGAGUGCGUGGCUUAUACAAAGGAAUGUCUGCACCUUUAACGGGUGUAGCACCAAUAUUUGCAAUGUGCUUUGCUGGCUACGCACUAGGUAAACGACUUCAGCAACGAGGCGAGGAUGCCAAACUCACGUAUCCUCAAAUUUUUGUCGCGGGCUCAUUCUCUGGACUCUUUUCUACUCUCAUCAUGGCUCCUGGGGAGCGUAUAAAAGUGCUUUUGCAAACUCAGCAGGGACAAGGAGGUCAGCGCAAAUAUAACGGAAUGAUCGACUGUGCCGUAAAGUUAUAUAAAGAGGGAGGCAUUCGUAGCGUUUUUAAAGGAAGCUGCGCUACAAUGCUUAGAGAUUUACCUGCAAAUGGUUUAUAUUUUCUGGUAUAUGAAUAUAUACAAGAUUUAGCAAAAGCUAAAUCUGAAACUAGCCAAAUUAAUACAGGAUCAACUAUAUUUGCGGGUGGAGCUGCUGGAAUGGCGUAUUGGGUUAUAGGAAUGCCAGCCGAUGUAUUAAAAAGUCGACUACAAUCGGCCCCUGAAGGAACUUACAGACUGGGAGUCCGUAGCGUUUUCAAGGAGUUAAUUGUGAAGGAUGGACCAAUAGCUUUAUAUCGCGGUGUAACACCUAUAAUGAUUCGCGCAUUUCCAGCAAAUGCUGCCUGUUUUUUUGGCAUUGAGCUAGCUAACAAUUUCUUUAAUAUUGUGGCUCCAGAAUUUUAAAAGAAAAUUGCUUAUUUUGUGAAUUUAAAAGGUGUCUUUUUAUGUGAUAAAGUAAAUUUAAAUAUCGAUAUAUUUCAAAAUAUAUUUUGCAUAUAUAGUGUA